AUGUCUAUCCGUCGCUUUGCCCUCGCCGCAGCCCUUCUGCUCGGCCCAGUUUCAGCUAGCACGCCUGUGGCCAGCUCUUUACCGGUCAGUAGUCAAGCUCAGGUGGCCACAGAAACUUGCCGAACUGAGUUAGGACAUAUCUCGGUGAAGUCGGUACCUACCACAACCAUCACACGUACCAUUCAUCAGCGUACCCCCGUCAUUAUCCUCACAACAACUCUAGAAACUGUCACGGUCACUCCUGCUGUGUCGACCGAGAUAGUGACGGACUAUGAAACCACUGUCAUUACCUCUACGGCUGAUGCCGUCACUGAUACUUUCUCAACAACCUCAACUGAGUUUGACACUGCGACAUUGACUCUAACUCCUGCUCCUAUCACCACAACCGUCGCCGAGGUCAUCUCGACUAUCUCGACCAGCACUUCCACCAUUGCCACCUCUGCAGGCUUUACUCCCAUUGCAGAUACUCUGCCUCCCACUGUUACUGCCAAGCGUUCACUGGAAGAACAUGAUGAUUGUUCUCCUUGGGUGGAUGAUUACAAGUAUCCCCAAGCGGUCGUGUGCCAUGAGAAGAAAAUCAUCAAGACUACAACUGUCUCUACUGUCACCGGAUCGCCCAUCACUGUCAUCGUCGCAACUCCUACAACCACAGUGACAAUCACCACCACUAUCACCAGCAGCUCAGUGGCUCUUCCCUCGGAUGUCUCCACCACACUAAGCUUCAGCACCACUUCAACAUUCACCGAGACAACAGUUGCUCCCGGUGAAACCAGCACAGUAACUUCGACUAGCACUGUUCAAGCAGGCACGACCACCACAUCCUUCUACGCAGCCUGUGCCACCAACAACAUCGCUGGCAGUCCUCUCUCUUCGGACUUUGGCUCGGCUGCAGGCAAAUACAUCUACUCGCUUGAGUUCAACAAAGUUGCCGGCGCCAAGUUGACGGUUGGUAACACCGCAUCCGCAUACGAAUGCUGUGCCAGCUGCAUGGGAAGUUCCACUUGUGCCAUGUCAUACUACUACUCGUCUGGCUCCAUCAAAUACUGCUAUAUAAUGACAAGCACCUCUUGCUUGUUUACUUCUAACUAUGGCACGGCUCGUUUUCAGGGCAGCGAGACCGGGGCGCAAGUCUCCAAUGGAAACUGUGGACAUGUGAUUGGUUCAUAUAGUUAG